GCAAUUGGUGUAUUUGCUUAGUAUGUGAUGUGGUAUUUUUUGAGUUUUCAUAAAAAGUCUCAUCUUUUGCAAUUUUGUAUUUAAGAGAAACUUAUUUAAAACCCAUCGCUUUAAUAUUAAUAAUAAACUAAAUAUUCUUGUUACUAAACGAUAGAACUUCAUCUUGAAACAGGAUUUAUUAAGCAAGUUCCUGUGAAUUAAAUAUAAUCUCGUCGAAAUAUAUUCUAAGUUAAUUAACUUUAAAGUGAAACACAUCAUUAAAAUCCUAUUAAAAUGGACGAUCUAUCGGCACCACCUAGUAAGAGUGCUGUCUCCACAUUCUUCAUGCGUCUGAGUCAGCGUUAUCAAUCGCUUUUAGAUAAAAGUACACCACAUACAAAAGCUCGGUGGAUUGCAGCUUUUGUUAAUUUGGGACUAUUUUUAACUAGGAUAAUAACAGCACAAGGCUGGUACAUUGUGACUUAUGCACUCGGUAUUUAUCAUCUCAAUUUGUUCAUUGCCUUCUUAACACCGAAAAUUGAUCCAUCACUGGACUUAGAUUCAGCAGACGAUCCCGAUGGUCCUGAACUUCCAACAAGAAGCAAUGAAGAAUUUCGACCAUUCAUACGUCGACUUCCUGAAUUUAAAUUCUGGUAUGCAAUCACAAAAUCGACGACCAUCGCUCUUAUCUGUACAUUCUUCGAUGUCUUUAAUGUGCCCGUGUUUUGGCCCAUUCUUGUGAUGUACUUUAUCACACUUUUCUGUAUUACUAUGAAAAGACAGAUUAAGCACAUGAUUAAACAUCGAUACUUGCCGUUCACGCAUAGCAAACCAAAGUACCACUCAGCCGAAGUGACCAUAAAAUAAUUUUUCAUUCAUCGAAGUCAUCGCUAAUUAAGUUUCUAUUUAAUUUUCAGUUAAUUGGUGUAGAAAACAUGGAAAAAGAAACAUUUAUUGCAUAACUUUAUCCUUCUCUUCGUAUCAUUAAAGAUUUUUUUCUUGAAAAUGAAAUUAAAAAACCUUUUUUCAUUUUCUUAUUGUUUUCUUUAUUUUUGUUUUUGUCCAUUUUUGUCAAAAUCUAAAUUAAAAUAUGUUACAUAGAAGAACUUUCAAAAAGAUUUACAAAUAAAAUCAAACACGAAAAGAAGAAGAUUUGAAGAAAAUGCAAUGAUUUAAAAAACAAUUAUCUGGGGACGAAUUUGCACAAAAUAAACUGAAUAUCUAAGGACGACACUGUUGCUGAAAUCUACGAUACAAGAAACAUCUACGAGUAGUCAUUAAAGUUAAAUGAGAAUGAAUAAAAUAAAAAAAAUAUCAUCGGCACACAUAUUACAAA